AAGGAAGUGUUUAGGGUUUUGAAGGAUGAAUGGGGAGCAGGUUUCCAGUCAUUCAUUUCAGAGAAAGUGGUGGCUGUUGCUGGAGACGUUUCUUCUGAGGAUUUGGGGAUAGUGGACCUCCAUUUGAAGGAAGAAAUCCUCAAGGAAGCUGACUUGGUUCUUAACUUUGCGGCCAUCACCAAAUUUGAUGAAAGGUACGAUGUCACGCUUGGGACAAAUACUUCUGGAGCUUUGCACGUGCUCAACUUCUCCAAGAAAUGUGCCAAAAUCAAGUUGCUUGUCCAUGUCUCAACUGCAUAUGUUUGUGGGGAAGCGCCGGGGAUUCUAAUGGAGAAGCCUCUGACCCUGGGAAAAGCCGCAAGAGGAAGAAGUAAUGUCGUUGAGGUAUGGAAUGGUGAAAAUGAGCUUGUCGCAAAACGGCUGCAUCAACUCCAUUCCCAAAAUCUCACCGACAAGGAGAUUACCUCUGCCAUGCAAAAUCUCGGCCUCGAAAGGGCACAUUACUAUUGGUGGCCUAAUACCUACACAUUUACAAAAGCAAUGGCGGAGAUGGUUAUGGUGGAAUCCAAAGGAGACCUCCCUCUUGUCAUCAUAAGGCCAACAAUGGUGACGAGUACCCUGAAAGACCCAUUCCCUGGCUGGUUGGAAGGUGUUAGAACGGUGGAUGGAGUACUUGUGAGCUAUGCCAAAGGAAGGCUGAAAUGCCUCGCCCAUAAACCAGAAGUCGUUCUUAAUUUGAUACCAGCUGACAUAGUGGUGAAUGCAAUCAUUGGGGCCGUGGGGAUGGCAUUUGCAGAGCAGCAUUUGGGUCUAAUUUACCAUUUAAGUUCUUCAAUGAAGAACCCUAUAAAGGUAUCAGAUAUUCACGAUUUCAUGUUUACAUUCUUUACUAAACAUCCGUGGAGAGAUCGCCAUGGCAAGGAAGUGCAGGUUGCUAAGCUCACCAAUUUUAGCUCCAUGGCUUGUUUCCAUGUUUACAUGGCCAUUCGUUUUCAACUCCCAUUGAAGGUUUGA